CCAAACCCUAACAAAAUCUUCUCGCGAUCUCGUCGGUUGCCGUUCCAUUGCCUAACCCCGUCCCACGCGACGAACUCCGUCGAUCUCUCGCCGCCUCUUUUGUGGCUCUUCUCCCCGCUGCGCCGGCGUCCUCUCUCCGGUUCUCCCUCCUUUUCUCUUUUCCAAACUCUCCGCUGUUGUUGAGAAGAUGAUCAUCCCGGUGCGCUGCUUCACUUGCGGCAAGGUGAUUGGGAACAAAUGGGAUACGUAUCUAGAUCUUCUGCAGGCGGAUUACACUGAAGGAGAUGCUCUGGAUGCUGUGGGCUUGGUUCGCUAUUGCUGUAGGAGAAUGCUCAUGACCCAUGUUGAUCUCAUCGAAAAGCUACUCAACUACAACACUCUGGAGAAGACGGAGACAAGCUAAUGAGAUGGCAAAUGGAAUCAGUUCCACCAUAGUAUUAGCAUGAAUCAUGGAAUCAUACUUUAAUUUGCAUAAUGUCAUGGAAUAUGUCUCAGUACCGUGUCAGAUCAGUAUGAAUUGUGUGAAUUCCCAAACUACUAGUUGAUGACUUGAUCUGAUUAAUGUAUGUUUAUAUGCUUUGUUGCAUGUUUUUAAUUGGCAUAUGGACUCAACUUUUUUA